GGGGCCGGUGGGGCCGGGAUGGCCGGAUGCCGAAGCCGCGGGUGGGGCAAGCCCGUGGCUCCCUCCUCCCUCGGGAGCUGUUGGACCUGUUGUCCCCCCCUCCACUUCCGGGCUGCUGGGGAGGGGGACGGGGCGGCCUCUCUCCUCCCUCUUCCCCUGCCACCUGUCUCAUAGGCAGAAGCGGCUGUGCCCAGCGCGCAGAGCGGAGCGCGCCGAAGCCUGAGCUGGUGAGGGGGCCGAGGCUGUGGGGAGGUGGCGGUUGGACUUCGGAAUCUCAAGGACUCCGACUCCUGGCUUGUUGAGAGAAGGGCAUCCUGGGAGCCCCGACUCCUGGACCCCUGGGAGCCCGAGCGGCCAUGGGGACGCGGAGCAGCCCCGCCGAAGGGACCCCGCCGCCGCCGGUCCCGGAAUGCGACGUGGAGGUCCAGCCCCAGGGCUAUCCCGAGGAGUCCCGGGAACAGGAGGCUCCCAAGGUACUGGAGGAACCUUCGAGCCGCGGAGGAGCUGAGAAGCAGGGGGAGGAAGAAGAAGAAGUGGGAGAAGGCAGCAGCACUGAGAGCAGCCGCGACGCGCCCGAGGCUACGCCUCCGACAGCUACUGCGUCCACACCCGCCUCAUCCACCUCUUCGGGGGGAGGGGUGCGAGGGGCGGCGCGGCGCCUGCGAGGACAGCAACUGGAGGCAUUGACUCGCGUGGCCCUGAUGGAGCAGCGAGUGAAGGAGCUACAGCGCCAGAGGAAGGAGCUGAGGAUCGAGAUGGAGGUGGAAGUGGCCUUGCUGCGGGGUGAGCUGGCUGGGGAGCGAGUGGCCGCUCGCCGGGAGGAGGAGCAGCUGCGGGAGCUGCUGGGGCAGCAGGCGGCCUCGGAGCAGCGCGGCCGCCAGCAGCGGGAACAGGAACAGAGGCGGCUGAGCCAGGAACGGGAUCGCCUAGAGGGUCUUCGCCAGAGACUCCGGGAGGCCCAGGGACAGCUCGACUCCCAGCCAGAGGACCAGCGCGAGCGGCUUCUGCAGCGUGUGCAGGAGAUGAGGGAACAACUGGAUGUGGCCCAACGCGCCUAUGAGGACCUGGAGUUCCAGCAACUGGAGCGGGAGAGCCGGCAGGAGGAGGAGGAUCGGGACAGCCCUGGGCCCCAGGCACCAGACCCCAAGGUCCAGGAACUUCAGGCCAGCAUGGCGCAGCACAGAAGGGGUGCUCUGCAGCGCCGAAUCCGGGUCCUGGAAGAGCAGCUCAAGUCACUGGGGGAGCAGAUGGCAGCCGAGAGCCGGGGGCUGAGCCGGAAGAAGGAGGAGGCCCUUCAGGCCCUGUCACAGGAACGGAGCCGGCUGCUCGAGCUCAAUUGCCUUCAGGGAACACCUGGUGGGGACUUCUCUGAGCCCAACCCAGCCCUCACUAAGCUGCUGUUCACCCAGAAGACAGACCACCAGCUAUUGGUGCUCCAGGACCCCGCGGCCCAUUCCGCUGCCACCCCUACUUCUUCUUGCCUCUUCUCUGUCCACAGCUCCCUGCAGGGCUCCAUUGGCCUCCAGAGGACCGGGAGCCUGCCCCGGAAAAGGGGAGAGAGGGCGAGCCAGAGAGGAUCCCCCCGACCUCUGUCUUUCCAUUGUACUGAAUCCCUGGAGGCCUCAGCUCUCCCGCCAGCAGUGGGGGACUCCGGCAGAUACCCCCUCUACCAGCUGCUGAACUGUGGCCGUGGGAAUAGCUGUGGGGCCGUCCACCCGGACAUUGCCCACAUGGAGCGGCUCCUGCAGCAGGCCAUGGCGGAGAGGGAGCGGCUGCUCAAGGCCCGGGAAGGAACAAGAAGGGGCACGGAAGCUUCCUCAGGCCCUGCUGUCCCUGCCAUCACGGUCAGUCCCACCCCUGCCCUCACGCCCACCUCUCCCUGCUCCGUUUCUCCCCCUGACCUAUGCCCUUUCUUACAUCUGACCCUUUCCUUUCCUCCAAUGGAACAGAAAAGUGUCCGGGGCUUGGCAAGGGAAAGGGAACUGCAGAGGACCAGUUCCUGUUCCCAUGACCUGUCGAUGGUCAUCUCUAGAUACACCUUUCUCAUUGGCUCUCUUUUUCUCUUACCUCCCCUACCAGACAAGGAAGAGACCAAGCUCAAAGGUGUCAUCUACUUCCAGGCCAUUGAGGAAGUCUAUUACGACCACUUACGCUGUGCCUUCAAGAGCCCCAGCCCCCGCCUGACCUUCUGCGUGAAAACCUACGAACGCCUUUUCUACAUGGUGGCUCCGAGUCCCGAAGCCAUGCGCAUUUGGAUGGACGUCAUUGUGACAGCAGCUGACGAAAACCACGCCCCCUGAGUGGCCCCGCCCACUUGGGGGGAAGUCCCUUCGAGGCUCCGCAGGCGCGAGGGCAUUCCUAGGCCCCGCCCACUGCCGGCAAACUUGGGCGCACGCCGUUGGAACUUUCCUGGGAAUUCCGCAGGCCCCACAGCUCGGCUGGCCUGAGCUGCUGCGUUCUGGGUUGCAGGUGCCUUGCCCCCGACGGGAUCGCCAACCCCUGAGGCCCUGCCCGGGGCAGGAGGAAGAUUGCAGGGGCGGGAAGAAACUAUUUAUUGAUGCUCCUGUGAUACCGAAUUAAAUACGGAAGAAAAACAGGAA